AUGAGUGAAAUUAGCUCAACACUCGGAGACACACAAGAUUUUGUAGCAAUUGAUUUCGGCGGCAAUAGAAUUAAAGCAUAUUACGUUAAAGAUGGAAAAGGUUCAAUGAUUUCAGAUACAUCAAGUAAUAAAUCUUUUCCAACAGUAAUAUCAUUUCUUGACAAAAUAAGGAGUUGGGGAUUCACUGCUCAUCUAACUGAUAAAUCAACGAUUAUCGAAAGAGAAAAAGAUUUUCUGUUUACAAAAUUUGAAUCAAAACUCAAAUCUCAGAAAUUCUUAAUCGACCCAAUUACAGAUAACGAAGGAAAAGUCGCUUUUGAAGUUAAUUUUGGUGAUAAAAAGAAAAUUAUUCAUCCAAUCGCUCUCUUAGGUUAUUUGAUAAAUGAAAUAUGCUGUAUGUCACCAGAUUCUACUGUUACAGAUAUUGUAAUGGUUAUUCCAUAUUGGUAUACAGAAGAACAAAAAAUUGCGAUCAAAACUGCAGCUUCUAUAUACGACAAAAGCGUUUUUAUGAUAUCAAAUACACAAGGACAAGUCUAUGACUACAUUAUACGUCAAACACAGCAUUCUACUCCACCUCAUGUCGCUGCUUUUAUUGAUUUUGGCUAUACAAAUUUCGUUUGCUCAACAUACAAUAUACAGCCGAAGUCAAUAAGGCUACUUUCACGCGAUAAACUAGAUAUUGGUGGCCGUGAUAUUACGUUUGCUCUUUGCGAUUACAUUUUAGGAAGAAUUCAAAAAGAAAUUAAAACACCAGAAGUCCAAGAUACAGUAAAACUUAUUAAAUUGAACAAUCAGGCAGCAGAUAGUAUGGCAUUUAGAAAUGCUGUCAAGAAUUUGAAAGAAAAUUUAUCAUCAUCUCAUCAAAUCGUAUUCAAUCCACUUGGCGUAUCAACUGGAAGCAAAAUAUCCUUGAAAGUAGAUCGUUCAGAGCUGGAAAAGCUUCCAAUAAUUCAAGAUCUUAAAACAAAAAUCAAUACUCUCAUUAAAAACGUCAGACAAGGAAUAGCUGGCAAAGGAAAACUCAAUGCAAUAUACCUACAAGGUGGAUCUUCCAAGAUUCCAAUUAUUAAAAAAGUUGUUGCAACAAGUUUCGGAGUUGAAGAAUCAAAAGUUACAAUAUCAAGACCAGAUGAAUGUUUCGCAGAAGGUGCUGCAUUCUAUCAUGCGAAGAAGCGUCAGCAUCCUAAACAGAGGGAACAUUUCAAAAUUAAUGAUGAUUUAGUUACUAAAUUAAAGAACCAAGAAGAAGAACUAAACCAAAUAGCCGAAAAUGAGCUAAAAGCUAAAAUAUAA